AUGGUGGUGCCACUGACUGGGGCCAUCAUUGGCAAUGGAAUGUGCGAUCCACGACAUCAGAUGCUGUACGGACAGUCUCUGCACAGUGCCGGCCUCAUAAGUGGCAAAAAGAAGGAGCUGUUUGAGAAGAGUGAACAGCAAAUUAGAGAUCUAAUCGACGCCAGGCAGUACCUAAAGGCGUAUCACCUCUGGGACUGGCUGAUGCUCGGCGAGCUGACCAAUGGCGCCGGUUCAGUGUUUGGCAAUGCCACCGGAUACAGCUAUCGCUACAGUCAGCUGCACGACAAGGCACCGGAAGAACUCAAGUACUACGAACGCUUUGUCGUGCUCAACUCGACACGAGCAGCACUGCACGUUGGCAAUCGACCCUUUUCCGGGAACUCCUUCCUCGUAGAGCAGCACCUUUUUGCCGACUUUAUGGUCAGCGCUGCGCCGCUGAUUGAUGAACUGCUCACCGCACGGGUUGACCUGCUUCUGUACAGCGGCGCUCUGGACAUUAUUGUGCCGACGAUCAGCACGGAGAACAUGAUCAGCAGGCUCAAGUGGAGUGGUCACCGGAAGUUUAGCAAUGCCAGGAGAAGAGUGUACCGAGAGGGCAAAGGCAACCAGACCGCAAUCACCGGCUACAUUCAGCAGGCUGAACACCUGACACUGGCGGUGGUCAUCAACUCAGGUCAUAUACUGCCCUAUGAGCAGCCCAGUGUGGCGCUCGAUUUAGUUGCCAAGUUUGUCAACUCGGAGCCAUUUACAAAUUAA